UGGUCUUCUACAUGUCCCACCAGCCCUACUUCUACUCGUACCUCCUCGUCGUCCAGGGCGUCAGCAUCCCCGCGGCCGGGCGCAUCUCGCAGACCUUCAGCUUCACCUCGACCGUGACCUCGAUCCUCGUCUCGGUCGCCAUCCGCUACACGCGCCGCUACAAGUACUUCGUCACGGCCGGCGCGCUCCUCUACCUCACGGGCGUCGGGCUCAUGAUCCGCUACCGCGACGUCGACGCCACCGUCGGCCAGCUGGUCGGCACGCAGAUCUGCGUCGGCGUCGGCGGGGGCAUGCUCAACGUGCCCGCCCAGCUGGGCGUGCAGGCCGCGUCGUCGCACCAGUCCGUCGCGGCCGCCACGGCCGUGUUCCUGACCCUCGUCGAGCUCGGCGGCGCCGUGGGCGCCGCCGUCUCGGGCGCCGUCUGGUCCCGCGUCGUGCCCGCCGCGCUCGCGGAGCUGCUGCCCGAGGGGAGCAAGGGGAACGCCACGGCCAUCUACUCGAGCCACGUCGUCGCCAUGGCGCUCGAGUGGGGGAGCCCCGAGCGCGUCGCGGUCCAGGGCGCCUAUCAGCGCGGCAUGACGCGCCUGCUGACCGUGGCCGUGUGCGUGUGCGUGCCCAUCGUGCUGCUGUCGCUGCUCAUGCGGGAUAUCAAGCUGGACGAGGUCGAGCAGCAUGUCAGGGGUCGUGUCAUUGGCGGCAGGGUCGGCGCUGACGAGAAGAGGGCUGCGAACGGCGGGGCGGCUGGCGGGGCGGCUGGCGAGGAGGCGGCCGGUCAGGGGUCAGGGGUCAACCUGGCGCCAGGGUCAGAGAUGGAUUGUAAGGGGAGCCCACCUGACCCAGAAAAGCUACGCUAAUUUGAGGAUAUACAGCGGUCAUGUCAGUGGGCGUUUGAAGAUUGCUUCCAGCUAAUUAGGUAAUGAAAUGUAUGCUCUAAAGCCAUUAUGACAAGUUUCUCCAAGGACUGUGAAGGACCGCUGAGAACGCAAGCUAUACCAUGGUGAACAGACAACAUUAAAAGUCAC